AUGGGUGAUCGUAAUGUGGAAAAAUUAAUCCGUAAACAUAUUGAUAAGCGCGACGAUAAGCUUGUUGAUAUUGUGGAGCGAUGCCUGCGCAAAGGAUACGAUUACGAGAAGAUGAGGAUCCGCGUCAGCGAUCACUUCGAAGAAACGAAAGGAAGUGAGAAGGUUGUGGUGGAAAAAAAGCCGAAAUUGGAGGAACUCCCGGACGAUGUAGCAGCACCAGAAGCUGCACCUACUGCUGUAAAACCAGCACUGUCAAAUACUCCGCUGAACAAGUCGAUUCGUGUGAAAAAAGAAGAGGAAACAUCGGACGAAGUCACUGAAGCAGAGCUGAAAAGCAAAGAGUUGAUGUACCAAGCUCAAAUGGCCAUUGAAGAACGGAAGCGGCAAUUGAAUUUGACGGCCAGACCGGGGAUUGUUGCACAGUCUCUGAUUUCAAAAGCAUCAAAGCUAAAUACAAAAGAAGCUAGCAUGUUUAUGAGUUAUUCAAUUGAGAAAAUUAACAGGGUAAAAGAGCUCAAGGAACGGUUGGCGGAACGUACAGCCGCGCUUCCUCAACUAGCGAAAAGCGAUUUGGGUGAUGGAGUUCUGUCGAAAGCAAAACCUGCGGAAGCCGAGCCAUCAGAACCAAAAAUCAACGAAUAUUUGGAUCCACGCAUUAGUAUGAAAUCAGCCAAUCGAAAACAGCGUACAAUUGUUUUUCAUGAAAAGGGUGAAUUUGAAAAACUGGCGCAACGUGAGAGGGCUAAGGCACGGCUGGCAAUACUGCAAAAUGAAAUUACGCAAAUAGCCAAGAAAACUGGGCUUUCGUCAUCGGUGAAGCUGGCCAUGCUUACACCGUCAUCCUCCACAGCGGUAAGUUACGAAAGCAUUUCAAAUUGUAACUGGGAGUUUUUUUUUUGUUAAUU